AUGGAAGGCGACUGUCUGAGCUGCAUGAAGUACCUGAUGUUCGUUUUCAAUUUCUUCAUAUUUCUGGGCGGGGCAUGCCUGCUGGGCGUUGGCAUCUGGGUCAUGGUGGACCCCACCGGCUUCCGGGAGAUCGUGGCCGCCAACCCGCUGCUCCUCACGGGCGCCUACAUCCUCCUGGCCAUGGGCGGCCUGCUUUUCCUGCUCGGCUUCCUGGGCUGCUGCGGGGCUGUCCGCGAGAACAAGUGUCUGCUGCUGUUCUUCUUCCUGUUCAUCCUGAUCAUCUUCCUGGCGGAGCUCUCAGCGGCCAUCCUGGCCUUCAUCUUCAGGGAAAAUCUCACUCGAGAAUUCUUCACCAAGGAGCUCACCAAGCACUACCAGGGCAAUAACGACACGGACGUCUUCUCUGCCACCUGGAACUCGGUCAUGAUCACAUUUGGCUGCUGCGGGGUCAACGGGCCCGAGGACUUUAGGUUCGCGCCAGUCUUUCGACUCCUGACGCAGGACAGUGGCGAGGUGCCGGAGGCCUGCUGCCGGCGCGAGCCGCAGAGCCGGGACGGGGUCCUGCUGAGCAGGGAGGAGUGCCUGCUGGGAAGGAGCCUGUUCCUCAACAAGCAGGGCUGCUACACCGUGAUCCUCAACACCUUCGAAACCUACGUCUACCUGGCUGGGGCUCUGGCCAUCGGGGUGCUGGCCAUCGAGCUUUUUGCCAUGAUCUUCGCCAUGUGCCUCUUCCGGGGCAUCCAGUAGACGGUGUGGCCCGACGCCCCGCCACGCCCGCCGCCGCCCAGCACCCAGUGCGCUCCCCUGCCCUGCCCGCCGUCCUCUUGGCCCCAGAGGAGGAGACGGGCCGUGGUGGAUGGCCAGGGGAAUAGAGCUAUUUUUUUAACAAGACAAAAUGAAGACAAAAAUAAGGACUGACUGA